AUGGAGAAUGACCGCGCAGUUUUGUACCCUCCUUUGGAGCCAGGCGAUCGCGUGGUUCGCGGUCCGGACUGGAUGUGGGGAAACCAAGACGGGAACGCGGAAGGCACCGUGAUUCGUCGGAAAGAAUGGAAAGGAAUGAAGGACAUGGGAAUCACGGUGCAUUGGGAUAACGGCGGACACAACGCGUAUCGCUAUGGAUACGAGAACUGUUUCGAUGUCGUGGAGGUCAAUCCGAUGUUGAAGGACUCGUACGUGCCGCUGGGCGGGUUUUUGGACUGUGCGGAGAAGCGACAAGCGAAGGAGUCAAAUGUAGCGUUUUGGAGUCGGUAUGUGACGCAUUAUCUGUGUGGAAAGUCGCUGCGAGGCAAGCGAGCGCUCUUUCAGUUUCUUUCCAAGGAACAACUCGCGAAUUUGUUACCCGAUUUCGAUGCGUUGGCGCCGGUGGAUGGUAUCGUUCAAACCCCGAUCACUCCAAAAUAG